AUGUCCGGCCUUCCUCCCAACGACGAGAAGAACAAGAAGAGCGGUGGGGAGAAGAGGAAGUCGACGGCGCCCGACGACCUGGGGGGGAAGAAGAGGAGGACGAGGUCCGACGCGAGGAAGGAGAGAGAGGACUCCUCUCUCUCACCGGCUCCGAUGACGGAGAAGGAGAUGGCGGCGGAGGUCGAGCGUCAGGUCGAGGAGAAGGUGAAGGCGGUGUUGGCGGAGACGAGGAAGAGAGAGGCGGCCGAGAAGAGGAAGAAGGAUGCGGCCGAGAAGAAGGCGAGGGUGGAGAAGGAGGAGCAGAGGAUCCGGGACGCGGAGAAGGAGAGGAAGAAGGGGGAGGCCGACGCGAAGGCGAAGGCCCAGCAGGACGAGAUCCGCCGGCGGGUCGAGUUGGAGUUGGCGAGGGAGGAGAAGAAGAAGGAGGUUGGGGAGAAGGAGGAGAAGAAGGAGGACGAGAAGGACGAGCGCGGGCGUUCGUCGAGCAAGGUGGGGGGCGGGGAGACCCUUGAGGGGGUUUCCUCAUACAAGUGGAAGACGGCCGAGCGAAUUCGGCUUUGGAAGAGGGAGCACGCUUCGAGCGUGAUCGAGUUGUUCGGGGACGACCGGUGCGAGCCGUGCCAGGAGAGGCACCGAGUGGCUGUCGUGCCGCCUUCGGAGGCCUUGCAGAGGUUGAACGACGAGUUCAACCGCUGCAUCAUCGGUCCCAAGGGCCGGUGUUCCCGGUGCGAGUGGAACGGAACCGAGGCCAAGAAGUGUAAAUACACUCGACCGGCUCCCGCCACCCCCGCCGACGUCAAGCCCGACCUCCCGCUGGCAGGUCCUUACAGCCGAUUUGGCUCUGGACUUGGCUUCGGGGCCAACUUCGACGUCCCCCCUGCGCCCGCCGGAGGCCUUCGGCCCCUCCCCACCACCCCGAACCGACCUCGACCAGGUCUUACCGGCCUCGGCCUCCCCCUCUCCCCCUCCUCCCCCUCGACCGCCGCCACCACCUCGAGGAUCGCCAACAUCGGCGAUCGACUUACGCGGUUCAACGAGGACCUCGAACGGGCGAUGGAGCGCGCCCAAUGGACGCUCAACCAGCAGGAAGUGGCCCACUACUUCCCGUCGGUCUACGAGCUCGUCCAGUGGUUCAUCCGCGCCGCCAACGAGGUCACCGAGGCCGGCCAGGACUUGGGGAGGUUGGCCAACCCCCGCCCGGACUUCUCUCGACGUUGA